AUGACCGGCGAUGAAUCAAAAUUCACCGCAAUAGAGUCUACAAACGGAGGAAACGUGAUCUAUGGAGACAACAACACCGGCAAAGUAAUCGGCAUUGGAAAACGAGUCUUCCACUAUGAGGACGAUGGAAGAGAGAGGAUAAAGCGGGGAAUUGUACAAAGAAUAGAAAGUUCAUGGAGGAACGCAAGAAAUCAUUUGUUCCAUAAGGUUUAUGAUGAAGAAUUGACUUUUGAGGAAAACCUCAAGCGUAAGCCAGCAGGAAUAGAGGCAAAUCACUGGAAAAUGUUUCUUGAAUAUCGGUUGAACGAGGACAUACAAGAGAAGUGUAAGAAAAAUGCCAUUAAUCGUUCAAAGCAACUGUACACACAUACCGGAGGUUCUAAAACGAUGGCAAGAAAGAGACACGAAGAAGAGCACCCAGGAAGAGUUCGUGGACUCAGUUUUGGUCCUUGUCCCAGUCAGUAUUUUCGUAACAAUCCACAGCAGUCUGACUACGGUGUACAUAUUGAGGAGUAUCAGAUGGAGAUUGUAAAACUUAAGGCGGAGGUAGCAGAACUCAAGGCAGCAGUAGAAGAGGAAAAGGCAAAGAGACAGAGAAUGGAGGCAGAGGCAGCAGAGGAGAAGGCAAAAAUGCAGACUAUGGAAAAUUUGUUAAGAUACAUAAUCCAGCAACAAGGAGGUAAUGUGCCACCUGAAAUAGCUGCAAAUUUGGAUUCUUUGAGAAGUGCACCAACCUCAUCCCAUGCAAUAUAA